AUGGGGAGCUUGGUGGCUCUUCUUGUGGCUCUUAUUUGGAAACCUGAUUUUGAAGAAUGGAGAUUAGGAUGGGAUAUUAAACUGUUUGCCCGCAUCUUUUCGGGAAUUAUGAUUUCCGGUAUGGCAUUUGCUGUCAUUGUGUGGUGUGUGGACGCUAAUGGACCAGUAUUUGUGUCCAUGUUUAGGCCUGUACGACUAGUGGUUGUUGUCAUCGUCGCAUCACUUAUUUUACAAGAGCCUAUUUAUUCCGGGAGCAUUAUAGGUACAGUCAUUCUUGUGGGAGGACUGUACCUCGUCUUAUGGGCUAAGAAGAAAGAAAUGAAGAGUAUGUCAAAUCCAGUAGAAACAAAUAGGACAGAUCGUAAUGUUGUCUGA